AUGGAGCCGUUUCAAGCGAAGAUGGUCGCCGCAGCGGUGGGCUCCACGCUCACCGCGUUGACCAUGACUCCUUUUGAUGUCGUGAAAACACGGUUACAGACCCAACCUCCUCGGCAACAACCUCUUUUUCCGAACCCGCCGCCAAAUACAUGCUGCCAGCCAAAUGUAGCAUCCUGUACUCGCCAAAUGUCGUCGCUAGCAGUGCGACCCGCAGCAGAAGAGAUUGUCUGCGUAUGGGAUCAUGGCGUGUUUAAGACGGAGCGUGUCAAUGGCUUUGCGGAUGCAUUCAGGCAUGUAUGGCGCGCAGAGGGCAUGCGUGGACUCUGGAAAGGCGCCGGUACGACAUGGGUUAUCGGCGUCCCCUCGUCGACAUGCUACAUGCUCGCUUACGACCAUCUGCUUCAUGUCAGCUUACCGCCUCUACUUCCGGAGUCCGUCGUACCGCUCGCAGCCGGCGUCAUAGCUCGCUCUUCCAUGACAUCACUGGUGUCACCCCUCGAGCUCAUCCGGACCAACCUCCAAUCGACUCCGAUCUCUGCUUCCAAUCCACAUACACUACGAUCUGUUCUGCUCUCUGUCAGGGAACUCGUCCGUGAACAUGGUGCUCGCCAUCUCUGGAGAGGUCUCGGACCGACAUUAUGGCGGGAUGUGCCGUUCAGUGGAUUGUAUUGGGCCAGCUACGAGAGCUGGAAGAAGGGCUUCGAGAAUCGGGGACUGAGUGGCGGGGUGGUCGCAUUCGCUAGCGGUGCUAUCAGCGGUGUGACCGCAGCGGUGUUCACCUCACCGUUCGACGUUCUCAAGACUCGGAGGCAGGCGCUAGUCAUCUCAGGGACCACCCCACAAGGCGUGGCAGUGUGGCCAAUGCUUAGGAAUGUGGUACGGACGGAGGGUAUCUCAGCGUUGUACGCUGGCAUCGGUCCUCGAAUAGCUAAAAUCGCGCCGGCAUGCGGGAUUAUGAUUGGUUGCUUUGAGGUACGCCCCUCGGUUCGAAACCCCGAUGCAGUCGAAUUUAUAAUUGCACACAGGGCAUUGCAAAGCACCUUGCGAAGAACUAGCGACACAAAAUUCGUGGCUGGAUGGAAACUUUGA